AGGAGGUGACGUGGAUGCGAUGUUUACUCGGAAACGAGAGAAGAACGCUGGACUCGAACAGAUGAUUUAAAAAACAGAAGACACGUUCGACUCCUGUUCUGUUGAGAAGCGAGAAGUGAAGUAUGACAUCAUGUUAUCCAGGUUUUAUUCUUAUAUUACAGCAAGGGACCUUCAAAACGAAAUGAGAGGCCUCAGCAACUACCUGCUGUCCUGCUGUGUGAACACUCUGCUGCAGACCCUCUCUGCGACCUGGGAGCUGUCAGGUCUGCUGGAAAGGUGGGAUUCAGCUGGUGUGAGAGCAGACAGUCAUAACGUCCCCCUGGAGUUGAAGAAAGUCCUCUCAGCCAUGAAGAGCGACCAUCGGCACAACACUCCACAUCGGGACUUCCUCAACUGUCUGGACAGAAACAAUUUUCGACUUUGUGUGCAGCACGACGCCGACGAAGUCUUCCUCUCCAUCCUGAACUUCAUGCAGCAGCAGAUGGACGACAAAGCACUGGCUCUGGAAAUCCAGAAGCUGUACAAGGUUUCUGUGGAAACUCGGCUGCAGUGUUUGGAGUGCAGCUGCAUCCAGACUCAGACCAGCUUCCAGCUCAGCCUGCAUCUGCACGUGAAGGAGGAUCACAACUCUCUGGAAGGUUGCAUAUCCUCCUUCUUAGAGGAUCAGGAGUUAAGGGGCAGAGAUUGCUGCUUUUGUGCACAAUGUGAAAGAAAGACUCCGUCCAAACGGGAUGUCAAGCUGCUCUCUUUGCCUCGUAUCUUGUGCAUGCACCUGAAGCGGUACCGGAGCAGCCGUGGUGGCAUCAGAAAACUGGAUUGCAGGGUGACCUUUCCAGAGACCUUUGACUUCUCUGAGAUCGCUAGAGGUGGAUUCUCCAGAGACUUUGCCCAGGAUGAGUAUACCUACACUUUGUACGCAGUGGUUGUGCACUCUGGUGGUACAAUGGGUGGGCACUACACUGCCUACGUUCGUCAUAGGGGUAACCAGCAAUGGUACUAUGCAGACGACAGCCACGUAGAAAGGGUUUCCUGGGAACGUGUGCAGGGAACAUAUGGAAAAUAUUAUGGCGGCACAGCGUACAUGUUAAUGUACAGAAGAAGUUCCAAAGAGGAGGGACGACAACCUGAAUUCUCCGGAUAGAAUGUGAAAUGAGGUUCAAUAUGGGUCAGAGAUGGAAAUAUAGGAAUUUAAUGAAUGAAAUAAUUACUUGAUUGAUAUGAUUAGUUAACAUUUUAGAUUUUAUUGCACAUAGUGACUGGUUUAAUGUUUAAUGGUUUGUGUGACCUCAUAGCAAUACUUCAAGGAAGGGUUUAGUUGUAUACUUUACACCAGCAUAGUAAUUUCUGCCUGACAGCAGUAGGUGGCGUUCAAGACUUGAAACACUGAAGGGUUUUCCACUCUCAGACCACACACAAUGCCAACGAGCUCACUGGCACUGGGGGGUGGUUUGAAGAGAAUGCUGAGCUUAGAUCUUCACUGUUUUGGGGGAAAUACCUGCAACGGGUCUCAGUGCUCAUUUUCCUGACACUGCGGUAAAAUGUGUGAGUCACUCAUGAAGAACAAUGAAGUAAUUCUGUCUGAUUUGGGGCCAAAAACAUCAGCCACAAAAAAUCCAAUUAACAUCUCAGUAUUUAUUGUAUUUUAUCACUACCUUUUUUAUCACUCCCUAUAACUAUCAACUUUACUUUUACAACAAUGAUUUUAACAUAUUUUUGACUUUUGCUACGCACCAACGUCAGCACGUCUCCCAACCCCCUGAGCUCAGAAUGUUAGUACUUAAGAUCUUAUAUAUUUUUUUUUAAAUAUGCAUUGCAGAGACCAUCUCGCAAUGAAGGGAGUUUAAACGUUGCAGUUGUAACCACAGCGCUUGAGUGCUCUGCAUAGGCUGUCAGCACAGCCUCUAAGGUUCCCACUCGUUUGGCCAGGAUUCAGGGGGACCGUGUGAAAUGGUGCCUAUGUGCUGCGGAGCCCUGACAGAAUGGAACAUGCCUGCACAGUUCCACAGGCUGUGGGCCACGUGCUUAGUCAUCUCACUGCCAUGUAGCAGAGGAGCUGCUUUUUGUAGAGGUGGUAUCUUCCUCCCACGUUGAGACCAACGACCAGGACUAGAUAUGUGCGUUAUGUGUCUAGACUUGAGUCAGUGUCACAGAUAUGGUUUGGUGUUUUGAAUUGUGUUGGGGACGUUGCCAUUGCAUCUUGAAAAAUUGACAAUGGAAACAGUUAUAAUAUUAAAGUUUGUUAAUGUACGUAUA